ACCUAUAAUAGGCGAGGCUGUGAGGGCACAGGUACUACAGCUGCCCUCCAGCACCAUGCAGAGCUACCCUCAGCACACCAGCAUCAACAUGCCUUCCUACGGGCAGGAUGUGACCACCACUAUUCCCAUCUCUCCGCAGCCGCCCCCCAAGGAUUUUGUACUCUGGUCCCUCUUCAACUUUGUGCUGUGCAACGCCUUCUGCCUGGGCUUAUGUGCUCUCUCAUACUCCAUCAAGUCCAGGGAUAGGAUCAUCGCCAAGGACUUCGUAGGCGCCAGCAGCUAUGGGAGGACAGCGAAGAUCUUUAACAUCUUUGCAUUCUGUGUGGGACUUCUUGUGACCAUCCUCUCCAUCGUCCUGGUGUUUCUCUACCUCCCGUUGUACACUGUGCGGCCCUGAUCUGGCCUGAUCAAGAGGAGCAGCACUGCGGUCCCACUCCUCCUUCCCUCUACCUCUGGUAUCACCCCCACCGAGGUGACUCAGUUCGGGAUGAGCCCUUGGGGUGAGCUGAAGGCAAAUAAAGCUUCUUCCCCAUUCUA